AUGAUUGUGAGGGUGGGAGAAAUCUGGGUGUGGGUGGUGGAAAGUGUUGUUGCUGCUCUAAUCUAUCUUCUUUUCCUACAACUGGAUAGAAUCAUAAACACACUUCAUGAUCCUCUUGUGGGUAACCAAAAGGAAAAAAAAAACUUGAGUAAGAGGAUCUCGCUUCUGAUCAUGGAUGAUGAUGAAGACCCUACUCUUCACUGUCCUCCUGUUUCGUUCCAGGUUAUCUCUCAAACAAUCCAUCCCAUCCAUAACCAAAUACCAAGUUUUCAUGAGCAAAAUGGUAGAAGAGAAAUAAAAGGAACGGGAGUGUUUAUCCCACGAUCAUCAACAAAUCCAAGGAGAAGUAAGCAAUCAAGAUCCAAGUCAUCCAACACAAGGGUUCAAAGUCAAAGGCAUGUUGAUAAUUCAAGUGGACACUUUCCUCAUGAACCCUACCACAAUCACACUACCACUAACAAUUGUUACAAUUCCUUGAAUCACAAAAGAUGCUACUGAUAUCAAUAUAUAUCAAUUAGCUAGCUAAAUAAGCCUUUAUAUACAACUGGAUGUAUAACCUCAAUUCAUCGAAUAUGUAAGUGUGUAUUUACUUUGUUGCAUCUAUUUUUUAUGGAAAAGAUGAGUGAUUUUUGUGGGUAUUGAAUAGAGAUCAUAUAAUUUAAGUCUAUUUAGUUGAAAAAAGAAGAAGCUUUUGACGUAUUGCAAGCCAAAGUUAUUUAAAAUUUGGCUCUUGAAAAGGAACAUUGCUAGUAAUUAACGAGCUUUGUGUGGAGAGGUUCCACCUAGCUAAAGGAAUUUGCGCAACGCGUUAUGUCGUGGAAUUUUGUCAACGAUUUGUACUUGAUAUUGAUUCUAAAAGUCUUGUAACCCCCUAAUUAAUAUAUUAUUGCAUUAGUUUUUA